AAAAGUCCCGGUCGGCGGAGUGUGAACCAUUUAGGGACGCGUCGGACGCCUGUGACGCAGCGACUCCCCAGCGUUCAAAGUUUUGACAUCGGACCGUCUCCCGGAAGAGGAGCAAUUCUAUCGACUGGCAUACAACAAAGUAAUAAACGAGAUGAACGUAGCAGGUCGUUGCAUCGGUCUCGUCAGGCCAGCAGGCGUGCCGGCUUGCGGUUCUGUCUUUUCCAGAGGGUUUCUGUCGAGUUCUCCGCAUUCAGCCGCACGAAGUGUUCCUCGCACCUUCGUCACUCCAUCCAACGCAUUUUACAACUCAAACGACUUCACCACCGUCUCUCAACCUGGCAAGACUGUUAGUUCUCUGGGACGGAGCGCUGGGUCCGGACAGGGUGCUGCAGGAUGGCGUCAGCAAUGGACGCGAUCGUAUCGAUCUGCCUUCCCGCGUGGCCAAAGUGAGGGCGGGUUUCGGAAGUCUCUAACCGCAAUUGUCGGCUCUGCUGCGUUGUGUGCAGGAGCGGUAUGGCUUUCCCCCGACGCCAAAGCCGGUGCGAAAACAUCAACGCCGCUACCAAACCCACACACGGACGAAAUCCCCGAGCUCGAAGUCAUCCCACCUCCUCCACCAGGCUGGUUUCGUGAACAUGUGCGGCCGGAGGUGCUGACGGUGGGAGGCGCCCUGGGUGCUUGUACCGGUCUCUUGACAAAGAAGCUCGGCAAGGUCGUUGCUUUUGGGGUUGGGGCCAUCUUUGUCUUGCUCCAGUGGCUAAACCACUCCGGCUUCAUUACUAUCUCCUGGUCAGCCAUCACCUCCUCCGUCAACAAAAAGCUGCACGCGAACGAACGUGGUGAACUGCCACCAGGGGCGGUAUCGACGUUGUUCCGAAGAUUGCUCAAAUGGCUGACCGCGGACGUGCCGUUCACCGGGGCGUUCUGUGCCGGGUUUUGGGUUGGGUUUCGGUAUGGUUAGAGCUUGAGAGAGUGUUCCUUGCUAGUAGCGGGAAGUAUGUACGAUGGUACUGCUUUGUAUAUAGCAUUGGGUUUAUGGAAGCAGAGCAUCAUCGCAGCGA